CCAGUUUUUAUAACCAGUAUCAGGUCAUUCCAGACCUCUCCACUAAUUCGUGACAUUGAUUCAGUUGCUAAAUUCAUUGGUGCUGGUGCUGCAACAGUCGGUGUCGCCGACUCCGGUGCUGGUAUGGGCACAGUGUUCGGUUCCCGCAUUAUCGGUUAUGCCAGAAGUCCAUCGUUGAAACAACAAACCACAAGAGCGNUGGGCCAGUUCAGUGAUGAACAAGGCGAACACUUUCACCAAGAAAUAGCUACAAUUCGAUUUCUUUUUUCAUUCCGAUCGUUUAUGAUCAAAAAAAUGCUGGUCAGUACAACGAGAAACUGA